GGUAAGGCCAAACUUUCGCGCGGUCGCUCACGGUUGCGUAGAGUUUACGAUCUACGUUGAUUAGAGGUGCUCCAGAUACGCGAUUAGGCGAGAAUUUAUUGGCAGUGUCAUAAGUGUAUGGAUCAAAGUGAAUUCCGAAUAACGAUGCUCGUUGGAAUCUGUGUUUGAUAAGAAAAUUAUGCAGAUUUCGUGAAGCAAUCGAGGUUUGAUUUUCGUCGCUAGGAAAAGCUUCCUUUCGUCAGACAUAACUGCAUCUGAAGUGGAACUUUACAGUUCAACCAUUCUGACAACCAUCAUCGCCGUUUUCGUCACGGUUGUGGAGUCGGAGUGUCGUUUCUGUGCUUUGCCGUUUUGUGCGCCCGUUCUUAGGGCUGGGAAGAUAGUGUCUAACUGUGUUUGCUGGGAAAUAAUCUGGAAAUCGCUAGAAUUUUGAGGAGAAGUGAAUUUGUCAUCGCGAAAGCCUUCCGUUGGCAAAGGUGCAAAGAUAAAGUGAAAAAGAUAUCAAACGAUACUUUGGCAGAGAAGAGGGUCAUUUCCACAAUCGAGAAACAGAGGAUGGAAAAAAUGAUUUGAAUACUGUUGGCGUGGAGUGCCAUGGAUUGGAGUGGUGGGGCUGGAAUCAAAAAGCUGUGCUGGAGUGACACACAUCAAAAAAGAUCAAGCGAGACUUGAGCAGCAUCGGACGUGAAUCAACAAAUAAAAAGGAACCACCCACGAUGAGGCCAAUAUCUUUUUCUUGCUAAAACGAGGUCAUCAUUCGAAAGCGAAACCACCGUCGGUAUUCAACAAGUAGCAUCUGUACUCAUCGGACUGCCUAUCACUAAAACUGCUUGUUCACACUAGCCGGGCAAUUUGGAGCUAAUUACAGAGUUGGACUAGCCUUCACCGAAACGCCUAACCGAGGCAGAAAAAUCAAAAGUGUUAAUUUUUUAUCCCAAGCAAUCGGAAGCACCAGCAUUCAAAACCCAAAGCAUCGAACAUGCGGCCUUCCGCUAAAACGGCCAUUGAAUGACCCUGGAUAUUGCUGUUUCAUGAUUUAGGAUGCAAUUUUGUAAAGCAUCAGUCGUUUUCAUAGUGUUUAAACGUGUGUUUCGAAAGUGAUGAAACAUGUGGCUACUUCAUACGGGACUAAUGUUGUUGCUCCUCGCGACAAAAUGGGACGUCCGUUUUAAGAUAGGUCCCUGUAGUGUGUGUAUUUAGUGCUGACCCGAAAAAAGUGCUUGUAGUACGUAGCUGAAUAAAAACGUCAUAAAAUAUUGCACACAGGAAGCAACUGUUUUGCUAAACUUUUGACUUCGUCGAGAGGGAGUCAAAAGAGUGAGUUUCCAGCGGUAACAAAAAUUUUGCAUCUCUUGAGCAGCGGAGAAAACCGGAAUCGCGAUGGAAUCCAUCUACGGUACCAACAAGAACAAAUAUCUGCAGAGUCUGACGGCGGGAAGUGACUUCUACAGAUGUCCCAGCGCAAUUAGACCGAUGGCUGCCGAGUACUCCACGUACCAGAACACCCUCGGACGACGAUCGACGCUGAUGGGCGUGGGUGGGGGAGGCGCCCCGUACCAACACAUGAACAAGUACUCGUACCCGACUGAUGUGAGUCUCAGCAGCCACUAUGGGUACACGUCCUGGGGUUUAUGGCGCGACACCCGGAACCUGUCCUCGUCGAUGUACGGAAAAAAGCAGAAAAACUUCAGAUCGGUGUCCAUUCUAUUGAUAUCUGCUGCCUUCAUUGUGGUGCUGGCCGUGCUAUGUGUGGCGGCGUUGGCCUUCUACUUUAGCGCAUUCAAGGCGGAUCUCAGCGAUUCCAUUCUGGUGUUCGAUUGCACCUUCCGGGUUACCCGGGGGGACAUUUACACGACCGGGCUCCGUUCGAACAACACUUCCGUCUUCCGACAGAAGACUGCCUUCUACGAGCGGCUCAUCGACACCUCGUUGGAGCAGAGCGGGCUCACCGUGUCCCGGACGGAAAUUAUGGACUUUGGCGAAGGGCCAACCAUCGUGCUCAGCUUCCGGGUGUUUCUCGACAUGAGAAAGAUUAAGAUAACGAUUAACAAUGUGGAGGAGCAUAUUCGACAAGCGGUGCUGAGUGAGUUGGCCAAUCCUGUUUCGGUUUUUAAAAAUAUCAGAGUCGAUCCGGACACGAUAGAAAUCAAACGACUGUUGGAUCAAGAAGUGCUAAAGACGGCGUUCCUCAAAAAGGAAGAGUCUUUUCCACCUGCCAUCAAAGCCCUGGAGGAGCGUUUCGGUCCAGCGAAAAAAUCCGGAGUUAUCGAGAAAACUGUCCACAAAUUCACACCGAAAAUCUCCACCUCAACUGUUCCCCCAACCAGUGCUGGUGAUAAACGAUCCCAGCCUCGACCUCAGCAAAACCUGCCAGAUGAUGAAUCUGACAUUGACAUGGAUAAUUUACCGGUUAUACAAGGGUCAUUUGAGAUAACAAAAACAGAUGCAGACAUCACACAGAAACGCGGAACGGUGGCCGGAAACACGGGUGGAGUAACCGCCACCCUCAAACCGUACGCCGUCAGCCCGACCCAGCACAAGGUACGCAACGGUGCCAACGAGAAGCGCCAGAACGUGUCACUGUCCUCAUCAACGAUGCGACCGUCCGCCUCCGGGGGCAGACAAAAAUAUGAAACGGCGACAGCCAAGAUUGAAAAAACGGACAAACACGGUGCGACAACGAAGAAAAUUAAAUCUAAUUCUGGUAGGAGCUCGUCAACGAGUCGCAGAACGACCAGCACUACUACCUCAACCACGACAUCGACUACCACCACUACUCCUCCUGAAACAACGGCGGAAGCACUCACAACACCUACCACCAUCACCACUUCGAGAACGACGUUGAAAAGUACGACUAGUCGCAGUACCACACCAUCUUCGGAAGAACUGAUGACAGAUCUGGCAAUAGAAGACCGCAACGACACACUGUUGGAGAAUUUUUUGCAGGCCAUAAUUAAUGACACCUAUUCGGAGGAUUUGGCUGCCCCGAAGCAUUCGGAUGAAAACAUUCCCAAGUUAGAUGUUAGUUUGUUCACCAGUGCACCUAUUUUGGACAAACAACCGUGGCAACCGAUACGGCCUAGCGCUCCCAAGGGAGCUCCUCAGAACAAAUUCGCUACGUCGAAAACAACCAAAUCGAAGACCUCUCUGGCCGAAGAAAUUCUCUAUAGAAACAAACACAGCGACAUCGAGAGUUCGCUCUAUACGGAAAAUCCUAAUGGACAAGUGUACUAUCAGAGUUUUACUAAUCCUAGUUUUGGUUCUUCGACGCUAGGAAUCGAGCCGCUAGGAGUGAUGGACGUCAAACCGUAUCCGUUGCCGGUGGAUAAGAUCUCGAUUCAACCGGUGCCGGAUUUCAAGCAGAUGACUCCGACGGCCAUCAGUAUUAGUGAAAACUUGAUGAACAUGACACUGGAUGAGAAGAAGUUCGAACAUCUGGGCGGUGGAGUGAUUGUGAAGAAACCGGACAACAAGACCACCCCUUAUCGUACAACGACGGAAAGUAUGAAAACCAGCGUAAUUACCGUUACUCCAAUUUAUGUGGAGAGGACUAGCGAUAACAUGAUUAGAUCGACUGAGGAGUACGUGGAGUACUAUCAGUUUGAUGGAUUGAACGCAACCGAACUGGAAACGACCACAACACUAGUGAUGGAUGAUUUCAAUGAAACGAUGUAUGAUUAUUCAGUGGGUUUGGAAUCUAGGAUAAAUCCAGAUGAGGAGACCAUGAGCACUGAAACGGUAAUGUUGUCCACCGUUGGUAGCGUGGAAAAGUUGACAGAAAUGCCUUUUGAAUUUGAGACGAGUGAAUCCGUAAUCUCGACUACGGAGUUACCUGAAUUGACCACCACGAUAUCAACUACGGAAAUGUUACAGACCACUACUGAUACUACGACAGAACAACCGAAGACAACCACCACUAGUAAGCGAUCAACGUUCGUCGAAGUCGAAACGCUCAAAUAUAACCCGACGACCAGUGUUCCAACCGCUACGGCUACGGUUCCGGAGUUGUUCCCGAUUAACAAGUGGGAGUUUGUUAAUGGGUUACGGGUGACACCCUCGAAUAGACAGUCUACUCGGAAGGUCUUCAACGAAACACUUCAAGCGUUAAUUGUGGAAAACAUCCAAGGUCCCACAACGGUUGCAAGUUUGAAGAUUGAAGACCUAAAGCGCAAACGGAACAACACAACUCAUCUUCAAAACUUAUCAGUCAUUUUCGACACACUGGCAUCAAAACUAGGAAUUCAGACGGAAACAUCCAGCAAAUCACCUCCAUUCUCUUCUUUGUCGAAGAUCAAAAAUCAGUACAAAAAUUCGGCGACGCGUUUACAAGGUACAACUGCAAAAAAUCGAACUCGAGGUCCCACAAGACCCAAACGAAAGAAGAAUAAGAACACCAACAGAACUACUUCUACAAUCACAACCGAAGUCCCAACUACACCAACCACCACCACGACAACCCCCAGAACCACCGUCACAAUCGCUCCUCCCUUAAUCACCACCCCGUUUGCCAAACUAGCGCCAACCGUCAUCAACGAGGACAUUGGCGACAUAGUUCCCGUUAUGUUAGCUCCAGCUGCUCCGGAAUUUUCCGCCGAAUACUACCCGGCCGGUCAGGCGGAAGUGGAAGUCAUCGAUCCGAACCAGUACGAGGAAAUGCUCCGUCUACUGGCAGCGACUCCCUCGGGGGCGGUCCGCUUCGCCACCACUACGCCCGCUCCGCUGGUCACACUAAUGCCCGCGAAAUCUAACUCCGGAAUCAAAAACUUCCGACCGAAAGUGAAGCUACAGCAGAAAAGUGCGGCCGGCUCGCCGCUGCUGCUGACCAGCAGCUCGUUAGCAGCCCAUAAUCAGCGCCAGUCGUCCGCCGCUGAUGAAGGCAGGGAAAUGAGCGAAAGUUUAAAAUUAAUGAAUGCAAAUAACGGCCACGGGGGUGUGGGACACAAUGCCGGUGGUGGUCGGUGGUCGUCGUCUUCGGCGCUGUCAGUGCCGUCGUCGGUGGUUGUCAGCAGCGAUGGCGGCGGAGUCAUCCUCGGUGCCGAGACCGCACCGUUGAUGGCCGAAAGCGACGGUCGGGGAUUUGACCAGGACCAAAACGAUAAUAAAAAUAACACAAUCGUGGAAGCGGUGGUUAGAGCCAGUAUGCGCUUUGAAUCAUAAAACAGAAGUUGCGGUCCGUCCCUUUGGUCGGUCGGUGCUACAACACGCUGGGUCUGCUACAUCUCUACCCGUGGCUGGUGGGGAGGGGGAGUGAGCGUGAAGAGUGCGAGGUGGGAUGAGCGCCGAUGAUGUUGUAAGGAUGUGCUGAAUGGGCGAGGACUUGUACGACAGCGAUUGCGAUGGUGUUGGGACAUUGGGAAUAAAAAUGUGCUGCGGCCAAGAGGAUGCACCCGUCAUCUUUCUCCGUGGACUGUGGAAAAUGUGAUUAUUCUUACAUAAAAGCGACAACGGCAAUUCGAGGACGAGGACGGAGACGACGAUGACGACAGUGACAAUAAAAAUGGAUUUUCUGUGAGAUUUCGGGAUGUGUUGGGAUCGGUGGGAAAUGAAGUUUGGACUUGGCGAUGCAGGAGCGUUCGAUUGGAACGGCGUUGCAGUUCGAUACGGAAGCUUGUUUCGUGGGAUGCAUUCCAAAAAAGUUUUUGGCGCAAUCAUUUAUUCAGGGUACAAUAUGCAUACCAAAUGCGAGGGAAUGCACGUGCAUUUUUUCCAUCAGCAAACAAUAGAUUCAACUUUGGUUACCCAUAUUUAAAUAUGCAAGAUAUACUGCGGAUAAUUAGAUUAUCAAUAUUCAAUCGUAUCAAUUAUCUAGUUCAUAAAUGAUAGAAUUCCGAAAGUUUUUCAGAAGAGAAUUAUUAUUGAUAUCUGUUCCAACAAACUCUGUAGAAUUGAAAAAUUCAUAAUAGUCAUGAUUCCG